AUGGCUGAGCUUGAGAACAUACAAAACCUUCGUGAAAACUUCAAGAAACAAAAUAAAUCUUGUUUUAUCCUUGGUGCAUCAGGAGCAACUGGCAAAGAAUUGUUAAAAGAAAUUUUGAAACAGAAAUUGUUUUCUAAUGUCACCAUCAUAGGACGUAGAAAACUGACUUUUGAAGAAGUGGCAUAUCAAAAUGUGAAUCAACAGGUGGUAGACUUCGAAAAACUAGAUGAAUAUUCUGCAGCAUUUCAAGGUCCUGAUGUUGGAUUCUGUUGUCUCGGUACCACAAAAGCAAAAGGAGGAGCAGAUGGAUUUGUUCGCGUUGAUCGAGAUUAUGUUUGCAUGUCAGCAGAGUUGGCAAAAGCUGCUGGUUGUAAACAUUUCCUCUUGGUAUCUAGCAGUGGAGCUGAUAAGCACAGCAAUUUUUUUAUUUUAAAAAUCAAGGGUGAAGCAGAAGUUAAAAUUGAAGAACUUAAUUUUGAUUGCUGCACUAUAUUUAAACCUGUAUUGAUUUUACGUGACCGAGAAGAGUCACGUCCAUUAGAAUGGUGUGCUAGAAAAAUUCUGGGUUGCCUUUCUCAUGUGAUGUCUAUUACUGCACUUUCUGUGCCCAUUUCAACGUUAGCAAGAGCUAUGGUGAACAAUGCAGUAAACCCCAGUAACAAGAAGGUGGAGCUGUUAGAGAACAAGGAUAUCCACAUGAUUGGAAACCAAGAUGAAAAACAGACCAGCUAA